AGGGUGAAGCAAAAGUUCAAAUCUCAACCUUUCCUUUCUUCUUUUCCUCCCAAAGAUCAAUGAAAAACCGGACGCAGAGCGAGUGACGAAGACGUCAAAUCCAAACAUCGAUUCUCUCUCUCGCCGUCGAAUCUCCCUCGCGCUAAAUUCGGAAUCCGACCACCUUAAAAUGCUUCUUCGAUUUGGCCAUGUCCAACGACGCUCCUCCAAUCCAUUGCCACCGGCCGGGCUUCCUCCCCGGUGAAACCCAUCCUGUUUCCGGCCGUCGUUUCCGCGAAUCUGCGUCGAACUGGCCUGCUCGCUUGCUCGAUUCGGGUUCCGAAUCUGAACCCCCAUGCCAUUCCGUGACGUGGUUCGUUCUGGUUUGUUUGUUUCUAGGUUUUGGAUCCAAUGUCGUUUGUACAAUGUGGGGUGCUUUGUUUUUUUUUUUUUUCGGUCGAGCGCGUCGUGGUUAGUUGAAGCACACGGCACCCGUUCCUUCUAUGCGCGUGCUUCGCAGCGGUCAUCAUAGGGUCGCUAACCCAACAAUCUAGACUCUGUGCGAGCGUUUGGAUUUCGAGCCUUUUCGUGAAUCGUUUUGUGGAACUGUGGGUUCUCCUGGGUAGCGGAAAUGGUGGGAGAGGAUGACGGUGAUUUGCCUGCUAUUGAGUGGGAGUAGCAUUAAGAUAACCUGGAAAUGAGUCGGUCGCCUUCGUUUUCUGUGAAGUCCGAACUUAGUCCGAAGCUCGAUCCGGAGUCGUUGCGGCAAUGGGUAGUUGCCUUCUGCAUUAUCAGGUUCGAUCUUGAGCAAGGCCAGCUCAUCGAGGAGUGUUACCCAUCUGGUUGCCUUACACAAGAUGAGGAGCUUGAAAUCGCAUAUAAGUCAUUCCCAGAUUCCGUAUCUCAGCACCAGAACCGCUCUAGCAUUCACGAUUGCAUGUUCUUCUUCCGGUUCAGGAGGCAAAAGAAAUGUAAAUCAAGUAAUGUAUCUUCGUCUGAGAUAACUGAACCUGAUGAUAGGGCGUCAUCCGCACAGUCCAGGAAGGAAGGACUACCCAAGGUGCUGAACAUUGACAGCACGAAUUUUAGCUACAUGUAUGGUUAUGUUUUUAAUAGACAGAGACAUGAUGAGAGGCUAAAGAGAGGUGGAGAACAGAAAUCUGUUGUGAUUUUGUCACAGAACCCCUUCUCCAGUGUAUUUAGACCUCUGUUGCAAAUUAUGGGUCCUCUAUAUUUCGAUGUUGGAAAAAAAGCUCUUGAGCAUAUUGCUGCUUUUGUCUCUCUUUGGCCUUCUCCAGCACCAGGAAGACUCAUGGAGCUCCCUAUAGGAAAUGCUGCACUAAAAGUUAACUUACCACCUGCUCAUUGUUUACCUUCAGAAAGCGGGGCGGCAUUUGAAGAGUUUGCAUCUUCGAUGGCUCCUCUUCUGCCAACGAACCAGUCUGUGCCACAGGGUCUUUUUCAUGAUUCAGAUAUUUUUGGAGUAUUUAGGGGAAUCCUCCUGCAGCUUUGGGUACUGUGGGAAUUGCUACUGAUUGGGGAACCCAUUCUUAUAAUAGCACCAACUCCUCCUCAAUGUUGUGAGGCUGUUGCUGGUCUUGUUAGUCUAGUUGCGCCACUCCUCUGUAGUGUUGAUUUCAGGCCUUAUUUUACCAUCCAUGACCCAGAGUUUGCCCAUUUGAACAGUCUUCAGGAUGGAGACACUUUCCCUCCGAUGCUAUUGGGUGUGACAAAUGUUUUUUUCCUGAAAGCUCUGCGGAACAUUCCACAUAUUGUGUCUGUGGGAAGUCCAGCUCCUAAUUCAAAUCGCCUUCCCAUUGCAAGCAGGUCUACUGGCAGAAUUCCUGGGAGACCAGACGGAUUUGGUCUACAGCAACUUUCUCUGAAGAAGUUUUCUCCUUCCAGCUUAUUAAAUGCUGUAAAAUUAAGAAGAGAUGGUCCUCUUUGUCUGAUGACAGAGCACAAGGAAGCUGUCUGGAGCACUUACUCUGCAAUAACCAAGCCCGACACUUCUAUAUUGAAUAGAUUAAUUGACGCAGGGUUGUCUCCCCGGGUUGAGGAGUCAAUGUCAGUCGUUAACAAUGAGAUAUUGCGCAGGCAUUUCUUGGAGCUUACUACCAAUUUUUUAGCUCCUUUUGGCCCAUACCUCAAAGCUACCACACCAUUGGAAGGAACUUCUCCCUUUGUUGAUCCUCCUCCUCUUCCCCCAUUCAGCACUGAUGAGUUUCUAGGAAAUUUGUCUGCUCGAGGACCAGGGAAGUUCUUAAUGAAGAGGAUGAAAUCUAAUUGGCUCGAUCUGUACAGGCGCUUUUUGAGAGGACCCAACUUUUUGCCAUGGUUUCAGCGAAGGCGUGCUGUGGCCGAGCAAGAACAGCAGAGACUGUGGAGACAGGCAAGGAUGAAGACUGACAUACAACAUUUCAUCUCUAAAAUGACUGAAAUUGAAAUCAUCGAUUCUUUUAAUGUUAUCGAAAGGCAUCUUCAUGGUGAAAUUCAGGAGGGGAGUGCAGACUCCGAAGCAACUUGUGAGAAACUGAAGGGAGAUUUGCAGGCAAUCUUCAAUGUGCUCCCCAAGGAUAUGCAGGAACUUCUACUUAUGAAUCCAGAAACUGCACGUCUUCUCGUAUCUUAGGUUGAUUGAAGAGACAGAUCUGUCUGCUCACCAAUUUGUACAGGUCACAAGGUUCUGACGAUGCCAGGGACAGACGUUUCCAGUGUUAUCUCAUGCAUUCAAUGAAUUUGGGAUGGCUUAAUAAGUCUAUAUUGGGCACAGCGGAGUUGCAGAGCAGCUUUGCCCUUUCAUGAAAGCUUUCUUGGUGUCUUUUAGAAGGAAAAUUAAGAACGUCUCGGAUGGAAAAUCCUUCAAGAUGGUUGGUCAUAUCAAUUGGACUCUGGAGUGGAGUCCAUAUCGGAUCAAUUUGGAAUUUCUCUUUUUGGUUCGAAUGUCUCAUUAGCCUCUCUUUUUGGGCCAAACUACUGUUAGCAUUGUGCGCCUUUUGCUCUUAGAUUGGUUCUCUGAGAAAUCAUCGAAGAUGGUGCAGUAGCGAAAGUCUCGACAUAGCAGAUGUAAGCCACCGCAUGUGCAUGUAGAGCUGGUGUACAUCACUAACAUGCUGUGUGGCCAUGAACAUGAGGACACUCGAAGAGAGACGUUAAUGGGCAUGUUUUGAAUAUGAGCUUGUAAUUCUUAAUAUCA